CGCCUCCGGGCUCCGAGCGAGACGCGGAGCGGGAGGCUCCGCGAACGGGCUGCGCGCAGGCGCACUGUGCCUCGGGGCGCGGGAGGGCCGGGUGUCCGCGCAGGCGCUCGCUGCUCCGGCUUCGCUCCGGCGCUGGCGGCCGGGUUUCGUCUGCUCGCUGGGUCAGGGUUGGGGCCCCGGGGCGGGAGCACCAUGCUUCUUCACUCAGUCAACCUCUGGAACCUGGCGUUUUAUGCCUUUAUGGUCUUCAUGGCCACCCUAGGGCUGUGGGACGUCUUCUUCGGCUUCGAGGAGAACAAGUGCAGUAUGAGCUACAUGUUCGAGUACCCGGAGUAUCAGAAAAUAGAACUUCCAAAGAAACUGGCGAAACGGUAUCCUGCAUAUGAAUUAUACCUUUAUGGAGAAGGAUCCUAUGCCGAAGAACACAAAAUUCUCCCUUUAACUGGUAUUCCAGUUCUCUUUCUUCCUGGUAAUGCUGGAAGUUACAAGCAAGUUCGCUCGAUCGGCUCUAUUGCACUUAGAAAAGCAGAAGACAUUGAUUUCAAAUACCAUUUUGACUUCUUUAGUGUGAAUUUCAAUGAAGAACUGGUGGCGCUAUAUGGUGGAACUCUUCAGAAGCAGACCAAGUUUGUACAUGAAUGCAUUAAAACAAUUCUCAAGCUCUAUAAGGGUCAAGAAUUUGCUCCAAAAAGCGUGGCUAUAAUUGGUCAUUCUAUGGGUGGCCUUGUUGCAAGGGCAUUGCUUACACUGAAAAAUUUUAAGCAAGAUCUGAUAAACCUUCUUAUUACACAAGCCACCCCUCAUGUUGCUCCUGUGAUGCCAUUAGAUCGUUUCAUUACUGAUUUUUAUAUGACUGUAAACAACUAUUGGAUUCUAAAUGCUAGACACAUAAAUUUAACCACACUUUCUGUUGCUGGAGGAUUCCGAGAUUACCAAGUUCGUUCAGGACUGACUUUUCUGCCAAAAUUAAGCCAUCAUACCAGUGCCUUAUCUGUCGUGACUUCAGCAGUGCCUAAGACCUGGGUCUCAACAGACCACCUCUCUAUUGUGUGGUGUAAACAAUUGCAGUUGACUACAAUUCGAGCAUUCUUUGAUCUUAUUGAUGCAGACACUAAACAAAUAACUGAAAAUCCCAAGAAGAAAUUGUCGGUUUUAAAUCACCACUUUAUAAGACACCCAGCAAAACAUUUCGAGGAAAAUCCAGCAAUAAUUUCUGACUUAACAGGGACAUCUAUGUGGGUUCCAGUAAAAGUGUCAAAAUGGACCUAUGUGGCUUACAAUGAAUCUGAUAAAAUAUAUUUUACAUUUCCUCUUGCAAAUCAUAGAAAAAUCUACACUCAUGCCUAUUGUCAGAGCACGAUGCUGGAUACAAAUAGUUGGAUUUUUGGCUGCAUAAACAGCACUUCCAUGUGCCGGCAAGGGGUUGAUUUGUCAUGGAAAGCUGAACUGUUGCCAACAAUUAAGUCUCUGACGUUAAGACUUCAAGACUAUCCAUCUUUGUCUCAUCUUGUUGUUUAUGUACCAUCUAUUCAUGGAAGUAAGUUUGUUGUAGAUUGUGAAUUCUUUAAAAAAGAGAAAAGAUCCAUACAGCUCCCUGUAACUCAUCUUUUUUCCUUUGGAUUGACUUCAAGGAAAGUGAUAUUAAAUACAAGUGGCCUAUUCUAUAAUAUAGAGCUUCUGAACUUUGGACAGAUAUACCAAGCUUUUAAAAUCAACGUAGUAAGCAAGUGCUCAGGAGUCAAAGAAGAAAUAACUAGUAUCUAUAAACUUCAUAUUCCCUGGUCUUAUGAAGAUUCACUAACCAUUGCACAGGUUCCAUCUUCUACAGAAAUUUCUGUGAAACUCCAUAUUGCUCAACCAGAAAAUGACAGCCAUGUAGCAUUAUUAAAAAUGUACACAUCAUCAGACUGUCAGUAUGAGGUAACAGUGAAGACUUCCUUUCCACAAAUCCUUGGACAGGUAGUUAGAUUUCAUGGUGGAGCUCUUCCUGCUUAUGUGAUAUCUAGCAUUCUUCUUGCUUAUGGAGGACAGUUAUACUCUCUUUUCUCAACAGGUCAUUGCUUAGAAUAUGCUACUAUAUUGGAUAAAGAAGCCAAACCAUACAAAGUUGAUCUUGUAAUUAUGAUUAAGUUUCUGUUGGGGUAUAAAUGGUUUAAAGAAUUAUGGGAUGUGUUAUUACUACCAGAAUUAGAUGCCAUCGUUUUAACUAGUCAGAGUAUGUGUUUCCCCCUUGUGUCCUUGAUUCUCUUUCUGUUUGGAACAUGUACUGCCUACUGGGGUGGCCUACUUUCUUCUGCAUCUGUGAGACUCCUUUCUUCAUUGUGGCUAGCUUGAAAAGAGUUUUAUUCUUGUUUUUCUAGGCCCUCUGAACUUCCUAAAGAUAUCAAGAUGAUAUCACCAGACUUGCCCUUUUUCACAGUUGUUUUGAUUAUAGUUAGUUGGGCAACUUGUGGAGCAUUUGCCAUACUUCUUACUUAUCUUUACUAUGUGUUUAAGAUUGUUCAUCUGCAAGCCAGUUUAACAACUUUUAAAAAUAGCCCAACUGUGAAUCCCAAACACUCUAGAAGAAGUGAAAAAAAAUCCAAUCACCACAAAGACUCUAAGGAACACCAUCUUCGUUUAUCUGCCAAUGAUGCUGAAGAUAGUCUUCGCAUGCACAGUACAGUGAUUAACUUAUUAACGUGGAUUGUAUUACUCAGCAUGCCAUCUUUAAUUUAUUGGUUAAAGAAUCUUAGGUAUUACUUUAAACUGAAUCCUGAUCCAUGUAAACCUUUGGCAUUUAUCCUUAUUCCAACUAUGGCAAUUCUUGGAAAUACUUACACUGUUUCAAUAAAAUCAAGUAAAUUAUUGAAGACUACUUCACAAUUUCCACUUCCUCUGGCUGUUGGUGUGAUUGCUUUUGGGUCCACACACUUAUACAGGGUUCCAUGCUUUGUCUUCAUUCCUCUUUUAUUCCAUGCGUUAUGCAACUUUAUGUAAGAUUGGAUUUAAUGAAUGAUGAAGAUGAUUUAUGUCUUUAGGUCAGUAAUAAGAGGGAAUGCACAGAUCCAGCAAGGUCCUUUGGAGAAGACAAGUCUAUUUUUACAACAUUGAAAAUAGGAAAUUAGUUUUGUAAUGCUUGAAGAAAGUAGUUGAAGCAUGGUUUUGUUUUGUGGUGUGGCAUCUGUGUACUAGUCAUUUUUGAAAAAUUAGUAAAAGGAUACGGUGGACACUGUCUCGGAGGAUGCUAGCAUAUCAGCUAGUCUGCUUAAUUGGCCAUACUAUGGAUCUUCUCCUAAACACUCAGUAAAUGUAAAGCAUUUUUGGUAAUCUCACCUCAAGCAUUCUGCUCAUGUCAUCACACUUUCUUCUGAAAAGUGGUUUACUUCAUAUUUGCUACAGGACAUAGUUUGAGAAAUAAGUCUUAAAAGAUUAAUGAAAUUCACAACUGUUUGGUUUCUCAAAAGUGAAGUAGCUACGCAGAGUCUUUGUUCAGCUUUUGGCAGCCACAGUGAACAAAGUAGCUGUUUUGUUUUCUUACAUCUAUGAAAAUACACCUUUUAAUUCUAAGGAGACAUGUUUUCUUGGUGACCAACGCAAGACUGAUGGAUAGAAACAUAAUUCUAACUCAAAACUUAAUGGAAUUUUCUUGUUACUUUUCCAAUACAAACCUUUGUUUCUAUUCUUGGUGAAUAUUAGGAGACUAGUAAAUAUUGUUAAAUUUAAAGAAAAUUCUCAUAGGUAUUUACUUACUGGGAUUGGAACAGUUCAGUUUUUUUUUUUUUUUUAAUCAAUUUAACCAUUGACCCCAUGGUUGCCAAAAGUGCCUCAGGUCAUGUUGGAUUGUUAAAAUAACUAAAUUCCAGUGGUCAGAAAAAAACUAGGUGUUCACAGUUGUGGACUACUGUGAAAAACUGAUCAUGACCAAGUGCAGUACUACAUUUGAUAUAUAAAAUUAUAAUAUUAAUGGAAUAACAGUAGACAAACUCUUACCCCAAUAAUAGCAUAAGUAUAAACAGUAUACCUGAAUAAAUUAGAGACUUUGGUCACUAGUUUUAAAGUGGAAUCUUAAUUUGCUACGGUGGUUAUUGUUUGGCAGAUAAGAGAAUAAUAUUUCUAUUUCAUUUCAGAUUUCAGCUCACAUUUAACUACGAAAGAGUAGGAAGUAGGUAGUGGAGCUAGUUAUCUUUGUUUUAAGAAAGAAUACACUCAGGCUGAGGUAUACCUUGCUGAUAGAGCCCUUCCUUUAGAUGUGUAUGCUAUAAAUACCUAAAACCUCUCAAUUCCUAGUAAUGCCACAGUUGCACCCAUGGACUUGUGUCUUUAUUACCCAGGGAUGUCCUGGAGUACCAGGUUCACUUUAUCCGCCAUUGCAUCUGGGUUCCAUUACAACCUCUCAGCUGUUACUGCCUACAGAGGGUUACUAUCCCCACGUUACUGCCUCUGCAGGGUUAUCCCACUUGUCAGUUGUUUCUUGGGUCCUUGCUCUUUUAGCAUCAAUUGAAGAGGGUCUUUCUAUCUUCUCUGAGAGUUGUAAGUUUGUUUGAUUCCAUUGUUGUCUUUCUAAACUUAAUGCCUAUAGUUCAGGAUUCAUACUUUCACUUACUGAGACCAUUAAAAGGAAGUGAUAACUUCAUAGUAGAAAAGGCACACCUACCAGGCUCUUGUUUGAGAAAAGUGGCAAAAGGGAUAAAAUACAAAAUGCUUGUGUUCAGUUCCUGAAAGGAAAUAGAAUUUAUUAUAUUGUACACUUGUCCCAUAGCAUACCACGUAUUUAUUUAAAUGAGGACACAUCUGCCUCUGUUAGCUAUAUAUAUUCUUAUAAACAACUUUUUUUUUUAAAUAUUUUAUCUUGUUUUUAUUUUAUUAUAAACAGCUUUCACACAUGGUAUCUUUUAUUUUUUCAUGGAUUUCAAGUUACAGGUUAAAUGUGUCAUUUGAGUAUUUCCGAAUUUAAAGAAGUCCAUAUACAGAAAGAACUUUAGAAAAUCCCUUAAUUUGGAUCCUCUAUUAACAGCCAUAAUCAUUGUUUAUGUGAUCUAAAAUCUCCUUGUUUAGUCAGUACUGCUCAUGAAUAAAAUGUAGCAAGCUUAAACUUCUCCUUUGAGAUUAGUACAUUAGCUUUUUAAAGCGGAGAAUAGACACACAAAUUCUUACUAAGGUAUUUUCAUGUGAGUAUAAUUAUCAUGAAGUCUUAAUUAUUCCAACAAAAUGUUUCAUUUUAGAACUACAAACAGGAUUCUGAUUAAACAUUUUAGAAACUACAGUAGAUUGGGUCUUUAGCCAUUAUAUGCAUACAUGUGUAUAUUAGAGAGAGACUUUUGUUUUUCCUUUUUUUUUUUUUUUACAUUUUGACGGGGUCUUCAUCAAAUCUUGAUGCACUUUAAACUCAAAUAACUACCAGAGAUCAGAAAGUAGAGUCUCUCUGAAAAUUAGCCAAAUCGAUGUUUCUUUCACUUGGGAAAAGGGAAGUCUUUUUGUCUUUAAGUUACACAUUGUUUCUAUCAUGCUUACAGCCUAUAUUAUUAGGUGGUAAAACAGCACAGCUUUAUUAGCAACAUUACUGAAAAUGAAAUUGUUUAUUGAUAGUUAGGGAUUAUCUGACUCAACAAACUUCUGAGCUCUAAUGUUACAACAUUUUUAGUACAACUUGUUGAGUUUUGGAGUAAGGUUUGUGCUUAUAAAAAUUUCUCCUGGACCCUAUUAUUGAUAACUGGGUCAAAUAUAGACUGGGCAGGAGAAACACUGAGUAUUGUCAGUGUUUCUGAAGUCUAAUUAUAAGUUACUACUCUUAUAAUUUAGAACUGCUAAUAUGAUAGAAAUCAUUAAAGCUUUUUUUUUCCUCUAAACCUUUUUCACACCAGAAAUUAAAUAGGUUCUGCUAACUCUUUUCUUGUCACCAGAAUGAAAAUUUUUAUUUAAAAUAGGCUUCUAAAAAAAACAAAACCAUUCAUGCCUGUCAUGUAUUAAUCUUUAAUUUUUUUCAUAUUUUGGUCAGAUAAUUUAGAUAGUACAUAAUGGAAUACCUUUUUUUGAUUGAACUAUACACUAUGAUAUCUAUAUGAUUAUACAGUAAGAAAAAAGAAAGAACUACAGUAGGCCUUGAAAAUGUUGAUUAUCGUAUUGCUCAUGCAGGUGGUACACAUUUCCACCACACACAUACACUUAUAUGAGGCAAACUGUCUUAUUUGUUCAUUAUCUAGUUCCUAUACUUUUCUUAUCUCUUCAGACUUUUCACUUACAGAGUAGUAUAUUUAUUUCACCUCACUGCUCAUUAGUACCUCUUACAGAAGGUGGUCAAAGGAAAUAAAAGGAGGUAAAAUUCAAUUUUCAGUUUAGUUCUUGAAAGCUCUGGGAAAAAUGGAAACACAAACAUUAUGAGAUAAACUAGGGCUGUUGAUUUCUUGAAUCCCCAGAUAAUUCAGAUGGCCUAUAUUUUCAUUUUAGGCAUUAGAUCUUAAAUUAGUGUAGUGUCUGGUUUUAUAAUGAGGUUUAGUGCAAAACUUUACAGUGCUGCAUUUGCAAUUUUAGUAAGUUAAAAUCAGUUGGGAAAAAAAUGUUAAAUGUGUUGGGACCUUUUAUGAGUAGGCAUUGGUUGAUUACUUUUCAUUAACACUGUUUUCUCAGUGUUUUAGAUUUGUGAAUUUCUGUAUCAUAGGAAACAAGACACUUUGUGAAAUUUUAGGAGGGAAAAUUAAUUUGGAGAGAAUGACACUCCCCAGGAUAAAGGAAACAAUAAAAGUGUCUUUGUAUUAUGAAAUUAAACCCUGACACAAAACUUCCUUGCCACAUAAGGUAAAUGUAGAAGAUACUUUUACAAAGUAGUAAGAUGAUGAUUGGGAGCUAAAUUUUAUCCUGGUUGUUUUGAACAAAGAACAACAUUUCAAAUUAUUUAAUGAACUUUUAUUUAUACAUAUUAUUCAUGCAUUCUUUUACAAUAAGUUGUAACAGCCUGAGGAGAUAGAAAGUCUAUGAGGCUACUCAUAAUCUUUAUUGUUAAUAAGGAUGAUAGGAAAGAAAAAUCAGGUCAGUAAUCUAAACCCAAAUAUGUGUACUAUAAAUGCUCAAGAAUUCACAUUUUUUGAUAAAUAAAUUAUAAAUACAGAAGACUGAAUUUUGUAUACCGGAAUUAAUAACUUAGUUUUAAGAAUGGAAUAUAAUUUGGAAACAGUAAGAACAGACUGUUAUUUCAUUAAUAGUAUAAAUAUAACGGUACAUCUGAAUUGAUAACAUAUGUCUUUUGAAAUUUAGAUGAUAUUCUAAGCUUCAUCUUGAUUAUAUUGUCUAUGGCUAAAAUUUUUUAAAUCAAGUACAGUACUUCCUAAAAGUGUUUGGCAUGUUAUGCUGCCAAAAAUGACUGUGAGUUGAAAUACCAAGUACCAGUCGAUUUCUGAUGACUUUGUAUAGAACUUGAUAUAUAUAUAUGUACAUAUAUAUGUCAGAAUUAUUCUGUACUGAUUCUGUACAUUGUAACUUUGAACGUUUAGAAAAACUGUACCUGUUGAUGUAUUUUGAUUAGUUAAAUAUAAAUUUGUUUGCAUAUUUGAAUCCUAAUCUUAGUUUAGGAAGUCUAAAAGUAGCCAUUUUUGUAAAGUUCAUAUGCUAUUUUUUUUUAAUGUUAUAUUUGUUUUUAGUAUUUAUAUAGUAGGAAUGUUACUAGUAAAAGAUUUAUAGACAAAACAUAGAACUAUUAACUGUUCAAAAGCCUAAAUGAUAGGCAUAUUUUGUAUUUCAUGUUGCACUUGUUUUAUUUCAUAUUGGACUUUUUACAUCCCUUUUUUAGGAAAAAAUGACACAUUUGAAUUUUUUUUUUAGCAUAAACCUCUACAAUGGAAAAUAUAACUGUAUUCAUAUUGAUAGCAAAACACACUUUGCCACCAAAGCUGAGUGAAAAAAAUACCUCCAGAUAUUUGUGCCAAUGAACUUUUCUUAGCAUAUUGGGAUUGAAGCAAAAAUAUUUUCAGUAUUUUAAGUCUAGGAUUUAUAUUAAAUGUGUAAAUCCUCAAAACUGUAUUCCAUACCCUAAUUUUUCUUUGAAAAUAUAUAAAGCUUAUAGCAUAGUUGUAUUCUAUUCAUAUGACUUCUGGAAUAAUGUUCUCUGAUUUGUAGGGUAAAAGUUAGUUUACCCGUAAUGAUCUUGAACUAAUUAAUUGAAGUAAUCUUGCUUUAGAUUCAUCCUGUGAUAUGCAUAUAAAAUUUUAAAUUUUGUUGCACAGUUCAUUUUAGUACAGGUGUCUCACAUUUUUGUAAUGAAAGUUUACAGAAUUUUUCUUUUCUCUGUGUUUCCAUUCAGUCCCUUUGUACAGUCAUGUUUCACAGAAAAAAAAUUAUCCACUAGAACCUAACAUAGUACAUUGAAGUAAAUAUUUUAAAAUGCAUGUCUUGAAAAUAUGAAACAAUCAAGUUGUUAAUGCUAAAGUGUUAACACUGAUACGGUGUUAUACUCUUGAGAGAAAAUAGAAAUAUGAUAGACUCAGAAACUUAUGUUUAUCUAGUUAAAAUUUUUUUAUUUCUCCUCUAUGGAAAUUCUCACAGGGAAUUUCAGUCCUUCAUAUUAUAGUUUUUUUCCAUCAUUUAAUGUCACUUACUGUUUCUCUGCCUAAUAAUGUUGAUGCAGUUUGCAGAAGUAGCCGUGGAAGUAAAGAGAUAGCCGAGAAAGCCAAAUAUUAAAAUAUUUAGCCUUGAUAUUGUGACAGCUUAUUCAAUUAUUUGGUGAGGACUGUGGAUAUUAGUAAAAAGAUGACGUACAAGACCUAAAAGUUAAGUGAACGUUGUUUUUUGGGGGUGAGUUUCUCCUUUGUGUUGAAUAAUUUUAUCCUAAAUAGGAGAUGCCUGUAUUUAACAUAACCAUGCUUUCUACAUACUCAAAUAUAUAUUUGUUGGAAUAUUGGUAAAAAUAACCUUCUCCUCCUCCCCUGUGGAUGAGGGGAAAACUCCAAUUUUUAGUGUAUAUAAAUUAGGAAAUUGUAUAUUUACAUUUUUAAAACUAUAGAAAUGACUUAAAUAUAUUAUUUUAAAGUGAUUGUAUUACAGUUUCUUAAUCUUAUGACUAAAUGUAGCAACGUACCCAUGAGAAACCAGACCAAAAUUGAAUGCAUAUUAUCACUGUGACCUUGAACUUAUAGUUGUUUGGGAUAAAACAGACUGUGCCUUAAAAUGAUGAAGGAAUGCCCUGCAAUUUUAUAACUGUAUAUUUUAUUAUUGGUGGUCUUCUCAAAUUGGCCCCAACUCCUUUCAGGUUGGUGAAGUGAAAAUCGAAAAUUGAAGUUGACCAGUGUUUCCUUAGUAUUUGCAGAACUAUUGCUCUAGAGGCCGCCCUUAAUUUUCAGUGUUCUCAUUUCAAGUUAAAAUUGACUUACACUUUAUAGACGCAGAAAUUUAAGUUUCACUAAAGUUUCUGAAAAUGAUUUUUUUAGGAGAAGGUAGUGGCACUUCUGUUCUGAACUUAUUAUACGUGGAAAGAUUAAUCUUAAGUGUAAUUUUUUUGCCUUUUUAAUGAAUACUCUAUCAAAGACAUAAAUUCUUUCCUAAGACCUGUAUUUAUUUUUCCUCAGGUUAUUGAGGUUUGUAUUCAUAUGUAAAAUAAAAUUAUUUUACCCAAUAAUGAUUUUUCAGUAAUUAAACUUAGAUUCAUGUAGUAUAUUUUUAAACACUAUUUUCUCCUUCUGAGUGUUUUUUUUUUUUUUCCUUCCUAUUUUUAACGUAUUGAGAGAAUUAGCUCCGGUUUUGUUUUGUUUUUUAAUGUAAAGACUUGCAUUUUUACAGUGCUUAUUUAAAAUAAUGGAUACAAUUUCUAUUAAAACAAAUUAUUCCAUUCAUAAGACAUUCAUGGUCUCUGCUAAAAGAUGCCUACAUCUCUCAGAAUUUGUUGUGUGUUUGUCAGUUUCGAUUUUGGAUUUUGAACAUAAACGCAACACAUUUAUUUGUUCUCAUUUCAUGUCCACUACCUCCCCCAAAGACAAAAAUAUAGGUUUCUCUAAAAAUUUGUAAAAAGAAAACAUGUCUUUCCUUAAAGCAUGGUCAAAUUGAGAUGAAGUAGUUUGGGCAAGGGUAUGUAAUAAAAUAAAAUACAUGGCUGUCAACCUGCAUCAGUUUUUAUAUUAUAGUUAAAAGUUUGUAGAGAAUAAACUGUGUUACACUGAGAUAGAUUCAGUAAUCAUUUAUUUGCAAAUUGAUAAUUUUGUUCUCAACCAGAAAAUGCAGUGCAUAGUAUCAUUACUUAAGUGCAAAGGAAAUUGUCCUAUAAUAUUUACUGAAAAAUGAUUGUCACCUUGCACAUCUUUCCAUUGAAACAUGCAUGAUCUUUUCCAGUGCUUUGUACAAUGUAUGGUGUACUAAAUAUACACUUCUGUGUAAUUUUGUGUGUAUUUUUGGUAUGGUAUAAUUAACAUUAUUACAUUUAAUUGGUUGUAAUUCACAAAAAGUGCUAUUGUACUUUGUAGGAUGUUGUGAAUGUUUUUAUCUGUGUUUUAACAUUAUGGUGUAGGGUUUAAUAGAUGAAUAUUUGCCUUCAGUCUCUGCUCAGGUAUUGAUGUGUAGCAAUUUUUGGUGCUUUCUUUUUAACCUGUCAUAAUCUGGUGUUCUGAAUGUUCAACAAUAAAUUUGGUGAACAAGAACAUGUGAUGCAGAGAUUGCUUGCCCACUCACACACUCUCCA